UCUAAUUGCUGAAAUUGAAGUUCAAAAAGAUAUAUAAACAGAAAAAUACCAAAUAUCAGAAUUUAAUUUCCCUUUCCGCCCAAGAAAUUGAAACUAAAAUCCCCGAAAACCCCAGAAAGGAAUAAGAAAACGAGAGGAAAACACAAGAAUUGGAAGGAAAAUGGACGUGAUAAAGUCGCAGCAGAUAUCCUCGCGGCCGAUCGAGAAGGUGGUGGUGCACCCGCUUGUACUGCUGAGCAUCGUCGACCACUAUAAUCGGGUGGCGCGUGACACCAGAAAGCGCGUCGUGGGUGUGCUUCUGGGAACUUCCUUUAAGGGUACCGUUGACGUUACCAACAGCUAUGCUGUGCCUUUUGAAGAAGAUGAUAAGGAUCCAAGUAUCUGGUUUCUCGAUCAUAACUACCACGAAGCGAUGUUCUCCAUGUUCAGAAGAAUAAAUGCGAAGGAGCAUGUCGUGGGGUGGUAUAGCACUGGUCCAAAACUGAGGGAGAACGACCUAAAUAUUCAUGGACUUUUCAAUGAUUAUGUUCCAACUCCGGUGCUGGUCAUUAUUGAUGUCCAGCCAAAAGAGCUUGGUAUACCCACGAAAGCAUAUUACGCUGUUGAGGAGGUUAAAGAGAAUGCAACUCAGAAAAGCCAGAAAGUAUUUGUGCAUGUUCCUUCAGAAAUUGCUGCUCAUGAAGUUGAAGAAAUAGGAGUUGAACACUUGCUAAGGGAUGUGAAGGACACGACUGUCAGCACCCUUGCAACGGAGGUGACUGGAAAACUGGCUGCUUUGAAAGGAUUGGAUGCACGACUAAAAGAGAUUAGGAGUUAUCUUGACCUGGUUAUUGAUGGGAAGCUCCCCUUAAAUCAUGAAAUCCUCUACCAUCUCCAGGAUGUGUUCAACCUACUCCCAAACUUGAAUGUAUCCGAACUUGUUAAAGCUUUUGCAGUGAAAACAAAUGAUAUGAUGUUGGUCAUAUAUCUGUCAUCCCUCAUUAGAAGUGUGAUUGCUCUCCAUAAUUUGAUCAAUAAUAAGAUGCUUAACAAAGAACAUGAGAAGGCAGAAGAUUCCAAGCCGGUUGCGGUGCCUACUGCUGCUGGUAGCUAAAGACGAAAAUUUUAUUGGAAAUGUUUGCUUCCAUGUGAUAUUCCAAUCUCAUGAUGGAAGGUGAUUUCGAACUCGGACUUUUGGCAAUGCUGGAAAGGAAGAUCGUCUGAUGCUGUGAUCAAGUCCUGACGCUCCUCAUUGAUUUCUUCCAAUAUUUCUUCCUUUGGAUAGCUCAACACUGGAAAAUCAUCGGCUAUCAAAACUUCAGCUGGGAUUCAUAUGGACCGUAUCACUUUUUCCAGCUGUACUUGAAUAGGAAUUACUUCUGUCUGAAUUAGAUAUGAAUUCUGGUUCAUGGAAAAGACGGGCUUCAACGAUAGACGGAAUGUUCUUGAUUAGAUUAUGUCUUCUUUCUCCUGUGAUUAAUGUACUCAAAAUUCGAUUGCAUCACUUCCUUUGUGAUCACUACUUCUUAACCCCCAAUCUAAAUUCCAUCAGUCUGCUCCCAA